AAACAAUUCCCGUAAUUUUUACCGAAUUCUGCACGAUUUACUGGCCAAAAAAGAGUUUCAAGUGGCGCCCGCAUCAACAAAGCACCAAACUCACGCACUGGAACACGAAUUUCACAGUUGUGCAUUGCAGCAGGCACCCAGCGACAGCUUUAAAUGAAUAUAUCUGUUCCAGAAUUAUCAAGACGAUUUUUGAGAGCUUUGGAUAGUAAUUACAAUGUCGUUGACGAAAAAUCCGUGUACGAAAUCAUAUCGACGCUCGAAAACACCCGAGUUACCAGAGAACUGUUGGAGGCCACCCGACUGGCAAAGCACAUUAAUGAGUUGCGACGAAAGACGACAGAUCAAGUGCUGGCUCGACGCUCAAAGAGCCUGCUUAAGCGAUGGCGCGAAAUGUUGUUGCCUGCGACGCCAAAUGCUCCCAAUGCGGCAACGACGCCCGUAAAUGCCCAAACCCCGAGUCGCGCAGUGCAAGCAUCGCCCGCAAAAACGAUUGCUGCGCGUGCCGGCGGGCAAAAUGGUGCUUUGGUGACACCACGUGGUCCGGGACGACCCCCGAAAAAUCCGCAACCGCCGCCGCAAAUGCAACAACAAUCUUCCUUAUCGUUACACAACAAUAGCAGUAAUAACAAUAGUAAUAGUGGUAGUAAUAAUGUACAUAAGUUAGCAGCUUUUAGUCAGCAACAACAGCAGAAGCAUAAGGAGAAUCACGUGAACAACAAUAGUUUGCGCGUGCCGAAUGCCGCAUCGACAUCCAUGGUUUCCGGCAUUCGCCCGCUCAAUCAAGUCGUCGCCGUCGCCGCCGCCCAUCCAACGGAAAUCAUCAAUUUGACCGACGAUCGUUCGAACAGUCCCUCGAUGUUCCAGCAGUACCAGCAACGACUGCAGCAGCAGCAGCAACAGCAGCAAAAUUACCGUUCGUCGCCCUCGAAAAAAUCGAAUCGCAUGGAUGCCGUCGUCGUCGCCUCAAGUGCCAAUCACAUGAAGCAGCAAAAUUUCAGCAACAGCGUAACCUCCUGUGAUAAUAAUCUUGAUUACGAGAACAAUAGUAGUGUAAGCGGUACUAAUUUUCUUAACAACAGCAACAGUAACAGCAGUCGAAAGCACAAGAAACACAAAAAGGAGAAGCGAGAGUUGCUGACGCCCGCGAAAACGACGUCGCUCGGCCCAAAUUACAACCACACAAAUGCCCUGCUGGCACAAAUGGACGACCAUUCGGCGCCAAAUUUGAUGCGCGACGACAAUUCGCUGCUCGCGGCACGCACCUCCAACAGUCUCAUCUUACCCGACAACGACAGUCUUUCAAAUACUUCGGCGUCGCUCUUCAACAACUUCAACAGUAUCACAAACACGAACGCUGCCACGGGCAAAACGACUCCCACACCCGCAGGAGCACUUUCGUUCGCGGGACACUUUUCCAAAGCAGCCACGGUGUCAGAUGUCGUCAUCGAUGUCGACUCGUUACCGCUGCCCAAAAUGCCAAACAGUCGCAGUGUGAGUCCGAGUGUUUUUCAUGCGUCGCCUCAUGCCUCAAAUCACUCGAUUGCGAGCGGAAUAACGCCACUGAAUGUCGACAAUGACGUCAUUAUUGUCAAUCAUAAUAGUUCGGAUGUGCCCGUGGCGAUGCCAAGUGCGACGCCGACUGUCGAUACGAAAAUCCCGAAGAAAAGGGGCAGGAAGAAAGGGUCGAAGGGGAUCGAUUCGCUGCUGGCGACACAAAAUGAAGGUGCCAUUCAACAGAUUUUCAAUGCCGACAGCUUUUCGGAUUUGAAGCAGAAAAUCACCUCGAUAUCGGGACACAAAAAAGUCAAAACGACAAAGGAAAUUUUGUCGGAUAUACAGAAUAAGCGAUCGGCAAGCGGGUCGACAGUUACCUCUCCGUCAGUCACGCAAGCGCCUUCACCCGAAUCCGCGAUGUCAGAAAUCUCACAUCACUCUCAAACAUCAACGCGAGCCGUAACGCCAGAACCAAGCACAUCAACGGGCGUUUUGCAUCCCUCAAGCACGGAAGAUCCCUCAUCCGUUCCAUCGCCAGCUGCCGCUCAAGUAAUCGCAAAGCCGCCAAUUGUCGCCGAAGAUGUCGAACUCACAAUUAAACGUCUUCUCUCCCAAUUGCCACCCCUUCCGCACGAGACUGAGGCAAGCGACUCGGAGAACGAAGACGACGUGCUGCUGCCCAAAUGCACGUGCACCUUACGCGAAGUCAAGGAAGACGAAGACCCGACUUCAAAUCCGGAAGAAAAUUCCGCAACUGCCAACAAACCGGUGAACAUUGAGAUCAACAUCAUCAAAGAUAGUGACGAGGAAAUGGCAGAUGCCGCCGAACGAAGACUUAAACAGCGUCCCGUGAAGAAACGAAAGCGAGAAAAAGUCGUAAAAUCCAUUUUUGACCUGGACGACGACAACGAGGAACCCGAAGUGGGCGAAAUGUCAGACAGCGAAGACGAUUUGGAAUCAGUGCCGGAGGAAACGGCGCCGAAAGACGUCAUUGCGGUACUCGCAGCUGGCGAAUCGCUGUCACAAAGUCACGUAACACCCGUAACGCUACCAAAUGUGAUGCCAACGGAAACGGAUCCCGAAGCACUGGCGAUGAUGCCCGUUUUUGCCAAAUACGAAGCUGUCAUCGAUCCGGAUUGCGCCGCGAUGCGAUUCUACGAAACGGACCGCAACGAAGUCACAAAUUACCAUAUCACGGCGUUGCAUAACCGAUUUGUGCCAAAUGUCAAUGGAAAUUGGAGCCAUGCGAUAAAAAGUGAAAAAAUCGAGAAAAUUGACGAUGUCGAGGACGAAGACGCUGUGAGCAUCGAUACGGCAAAUCGGGUAGUGCCGCGAUAUAAUUUCCUCGUGUGCGACAAAAUUCCCAAACAAUUCCCCGACUUUCACUUUGACUACAAAACGUUCAAGGAAAAAUGUCGAAAACGCGUCAUUCUGCAACGAAUCGAAGCGCGACUUGCGAAACGUGCCAGAAUGAAAGCUCGUGUCAAAGUGGAAGACACAGAAGAUGAAAUUGUGAACGGAGAAACGCAAUUGCUGCCAAUCAAAAAGGAAGAACCCGACACGGAAGAUGUCGAAAUGCGAUCCCCCGAACCAGUUGGCGUCAUUGAAAGCAGUUCCGACAGCAGCAAUGCCGAAGACGAAGCAGAUAACGCACCAGAUGACGUCGAAAUGCUCGAAGAAGAAGACGACGACACGGAAUUGCCCGACAGCAACAAUCACAAAUUACCCUCGUUCAACGAGAUAUCCACGGAAAAUGAGACUGGAACAAAGCCAGACACAAAUGAAGAGUUCAGUGAAUGGUAUCAAAGUGUACAAGCGGUGUCAAGUGGCGAAGAUUUAAUAAUUUUGCCUUAUGUUGUAAUUGAUUAAGAAAAAAAAAUUAUUCUUGUACUCUAACAAACAAAAAAAAAUCACAUGCGCGCGCGAAAAAAAGCUCUGGAAGCAUCUCAUGCCUCACAAAAAAAAAUGAACUUUGCAAAAACUAGAUGAUUAAAUGGUAAAAAAAAAUCUAAUAAUAAUAAAAAAAAAUAUAUUUAAGUCGGAAACCUGGAAUAAAGAUAAUUUUUCAUCGCACGAUUUUCAUUCUCAAAUGCUUCCAUCUCUCAUUUCAACUUCAUCAAAACCAUUAAUCAUCAUCUCUC